AUGGUAAGAGGAAUUCAUGACAACAUGAAACCAAAGAAAAGUGAAUCACAUGAUGCUAAAGAACCUAGUAGUGGUGAAUACAUAGUUCUUAAUCAUGAAGUAACCAAUUACAACAAGGCCAACAAUAGUGUUUCUCCUCUUCUUAACUCAAAUAGCCAACACAAACACAUUCAAGAGACAAAGACAACUACAAACAAAUCAUGUUCUAUUUCAUCAUCAUCAUCAUCAUCAUCAUUUCAUGCUACAACUUCUUCAAAAUCUUCUUCUUCUAGUACUUCUUCAAACUCUCAUUUUACAAAAAAUAAUGCAAUUUCAUUCUCCAUGAAAAACCCUUCUCAUGUUAACAUUUUUAUUGAUCUUUACAAGAAAAUCAAAGCUUCAUUGUCAAAAUCAAUAUCUCUCUUAAGAGAAAAAUGUUCUUGUUUUGAUAAAAAUUCUUUGCAAGUCAAAGAAAAAUUUCCAAAACCAAAAACCUCAAAUACAACUACAUCAUCACCACCAACAUCUCAAAUUCAAACUAUCUCACAAAACCAAAUUACUAGAAAUUCUUUGAGUAACAAAACAACACCAAAAGACAAGUUGACAAUAGAUGAUCAUGAAGAUCAACAAGAGGUAGCACGUGAUUCUAUGCAUGUUUUUCAACUAACAAGUCCACACAAGUCACGUGCAAUGGAUGAAGAUGUAACAAGUGAUGCAAGUUCUGAUCUUUUUGAGAUAGAAGGUUUUUGUUUCUCCACACAAGCCACCCCUACUUCUCCAAAUGUUUUAUGUGAUACUUAG